CAUACACACACCAACAGGAACACAUUUCACAAUAAACGGAUAAGGCGACAAUUUUGAUCAACUCAGUGGACAACGUUUACUUCCCCAACAUCGCAAUGAAAUGAGGGGAGCAUGGGGGCCAAAGAGUCGAGGAUAGGUUUCCUGUCGUAUGACGAGGCCGUCAAGAGAGUCACUGAUGUGGAAUUGAAGCGGCUGAAAGAUGCCUUCAAAAGAACCAGCGGCAUCACCUAUUACAUGACCCAGCAGUGCUUCUACAGGGAAGUGCUGGGAGAUGGAGUUCCCCUUAAAGUUGCCGAGGUUAUUUACACCUCGUUUGGAGGCUCAGCUAAAGGGCUGCACUUCAACAAUCUGAUCGUUGGUCUGGUGCUUCUGACCAGAGGACGAGAUGAGGAGAAGGCCAAGUACCUCUUCAGCCUGUUUGCCAGCGAUCUGGGCGGAUAUGCUGCGAGGGAAGAUAUAGAAGCUGUCCUGCAGGUCCUGGAUGGAGAAAUUCCAACCUCCCUUAAGAAGUGUUUCAGUGAGGGUGACAAGGUGAGCUAUGAGCGCUUCAGGAUCUGGCUCCUGCAGAACAAGGAGGCCUUCACUUUAUCUAGAUGGCUCCUGUCUGGAGGAGUGUGUGUCACGCUCACAGAUGACAGCGACACACCCACCUUCUACCAGACCCUGGCUGGAGUCACACACUUGGAAGAGUCAGACAUUAUAGACUUGGAGAAGCGCUACUGGCUACUCAAAGCUCAGUCCAGAACUGGCCGUUUUGACUUGGAAACCUUUGUCCCUCUGGUCUCUCCUCCUAUCCAUGCCUCACUGAGUGAAGGCUUGUUUCACGCCUUUGAUGAGAAUCGGGACAAUCACAUCGACUUUAAAGAGAUAUCAUGUGGUCUCUCUGCGUGCUGCAGGGGGCCCAUCGCUGAAAGGCAGAAAUUUUGCUUCAAAGUGUUUGAUGUGGACCGUGAUGGCGUUCUGUCUCGAGAUGAACUCCAUGAAAUGGUGGUUGCCUUGCUGGAGGUGUGGAAGGACAAUCGCACGGAUACACUCCCUGAGCUUCACAGUAGCGUAUCGGACAUAGUCGAGGACAUCCUGAAGAUGCACGACACAACCAAGCUGGGUCACCUGACCCUGGAAGACUACCAGAUCUGGAGUGUGAAGAGUGCUUUGGCCAAUGAGUUCUUAAAUCUGCUCUUCCAGGUCUGCCACAUAGUGCUGGGGCUUAGGCCUGGCAGUCCUGAAGAGGAGGGGCAGAUCAUAAGGGGCUGGUUGGAGAGGGAGAGCAGACACGGGCUGCAGCAUGGUCAGAACUGGUUCCUCAUCUCCAUGCUGUGGUGGCAGCAGUGGAAGGACUACGUUAAAUAUGAGCAUAAGGGCAUCGUGGUGGAGCAGCCGUCCAUCCUGAGCUCACUGCGGACUCCGAUGGCUACUGCCACCAUAGAGCCCCCCCCUCUGGACAGACUGGGAGGACUGGGAACCUUCGGCCCAGUCAGCCCCACGGAGGAGAAGUCACCUGAUGCUGUGUCCAGCGCCUCAGAGGCCACUGAGAUCGCCCUGAGCCCCCAGGUCGCUCCUUCUGCGACAGAGAGCUGUUUCGCCCGUCAGCACAAUGUGUCGGACAACAACAAUCAGUGUUUCUCUGGAGCCAACGGACACCUUCCCUCCCAGCUGAUAGCACAAAGACCCGGAGCCAUCGACAACCAGCCUCUCGUCAACACCGACCCCAUGAAGGCCCCGACGUUAACCAUGGAAGGGGGCCGGCUGAAGCGCUCCCUGCAGCUGGUGCCUGGCAGGGACUUUGAGACGGUGCCAGAGCCGGUGUGGAGGGCACUCUACCAUUGGUACGGUGCCAACCUCAGCCUGCCGCGACCGGUUAUCCUGGAGAGCAAGACAGGCAAUGCAGAGUUGGAGCUCUUUCCGCGCUACCUCCUCUUCCUCCGCCAGCAGCCGGCCACGCGCUCCCCCCAGUCCAACAUCUGGGUCAACAUGGGUAUGACCAGCCUGCGAAUGUUCCCACCGUAUUUACCCCAACCAAGAGCAGGUAGCGUGCCCUCGCCCAACGCUCCUCUGAAGAGGAUGCUGGCCUACACAGGCUGCUUCAGCCGCAUGGGCACCAUCAAAGACAUCCACCUGUACCUGUCCCAGAGACUACGCAUCAAGGAAGAGGACAUGAGGCUCUGGCUCUACAACAGUGAGAACUACCUCACACUCCUGGACGAUGAAGACCACACACUUGAAAGCCUGAAGAUUUAUGACGAGCAGCAGCUAGUUAUUGAAGUCAGGAACAAAGACAUGAGCUGGCCUGAGGAAAUGUCUUUCAUUGCCAACAGUAGUAAGAUGGACAGACACAAAGUUCCCACAGAGAAAGGAGCCACAGGCCUCAGUAACCUUGGCAACACCUGCUUCAUGAACUCCAGUAUCCAGUGUGUGAGCAACACCAAGCCUCUCACAGACUACUUCAUCUCAGGGAGACACCUCUACGAGCUCAACAGAACCAACCCCAUCGGGAUGCGAGGUCACAUGGCCAAGUGUUACGGGGACCUGGUGAUGGAGCUGUGGAGCGGCACUCAGAAGAACAUCGCUCCGCUCAAACUCAGGUGGACAAUAGCAAAGUACGCCCCGCGCUUUAACGGCUUCCAGCAGCAGGACUCCCAGGAGCUGCUCGCCUUCCUGCUGGAUGGUCUCCAUGAAGAUCUCAACAGAGUCCAUGAGAAACCCUACGUGGAGCUGAAGGACAGCGACGGCCGGCCAGACUGGGAGGUGGCCUCUGAGGCGUGGGAGAACCACCUGCGCAGGAACCGCUCCAUCGUGGUGGAUCUGUUCCAUGGUCAGCUCAAGUCCCAGGUGAAGUGCAAGACGUGCGGACACAUCAGCGCUCGCUUCGACCCCUUCAACUUCCUGUCCCUGCCCCUGCCCAUGGACAGCUCCAUGCAUCUGGAGAUCACUGUCAUUAAACUGGACGGCUCCACCCCUGUGCGCUACGGCCUGCGGUUGAAUAUGGAUGAGAAGUACACAGGGCUGAAGAAACAGCUGAGCGAGCUGUGCAGUCUGAAGCCGGAGCAGAUCCUCCGCGAGGUCCACACCUCCAACAUCAAGAACUUUCCCCAGGACAACCACAAGGUGCGUCUGUCUGUGAACGGCUUCCUGUGUGCAUUUGAGAUCCCGGUGCCCGGUUCCCCAACUUCACUGUGCUCCCCCACGCUGACAGAUGUAACCCCGAUAGGCAACGGCCUUGCUGCUAACGGGGACCUGGGCAACAAGCCCGUCCUCAUCCCCAACGGUGGGCCCAGCACCGUUGUGCUCUAUAACCCAGAGAUGCCCCUCGCCAACGGGGUCUCCAACGGACACAUCACACCCAUGCAGGAGAGCCCCUUCAUUGGAUACAUCAUCGCCAUGCACAGGAAGAUGAUGCGUACGGAGCUGUACUUCCUGUCCUCUCAGAAGAACCGGGCCAGUCUGUUUGGCAUGCCGCUCAUCGUUCCCUGCACUGUCCACACCAGUAAGAAGGAUCUGUAUGAUGCCGUCUGGAUCCAAGUGUCCCGUCUGGCCAGCCCCCUCCCCCCACAGGAGGCCAGCAACCACGCCCAGGACUGUGAUGACAGUAUGGGCUACCAGUACCCCUUCACUCUACGGGUCGUGGGCAAGGACGGCACCUCCUGCGCCUGGUGUCCUUGGUACAGGUUCUGUCGAGGCUGCACGAUAGAGUGUUCAGAGGACAGAGCCUCUGUAGGAAAUGCUUACAUAGCUGUGGACUGGGACCCAACCGCCCUGCACCUCCGCUACCAGACCUCCCAGGAGAGGAUUGUGGAGGAGCACUGCAGUGUGGAGCAGUCCCGUCGGGCCCAGGCUGAGCCCAUCAGCUUGGACAGCUGUCUGAAGGCCUUCACCAGCGAGGAAGAGCUGGGUGAGGACGAGCUCUACUACUGCUCCAAGUGCAAGACGCACCGGCUGGCCACUAAGAAACUGGACCUAUGGAGGCUGCCGCCCAUGCUGAUUGUCCACCUGAAGCGCUUCCAGUUUGUAAAUGGUCGUUGGAUCAAAUCUCAGAAGAUUGUCAAGUUCCCGAGGCAGAAUUUUGACCCCAGCGCCUUCCUGGCCCCCAGAGACCCGGAGCAGCGCUGCCUUCACUCCCGCAGCGAGAGCGAGGAUCUGCUGAGGGUCGGAGAGGACAACCUGUCCUCCAUCUCUGCCCCUGCUGGCUUCUGCAACAUCCUCAAAGCCUCACCCGCCUCAGGCAGGAAGUCAGCACCUUCUCUCAGCCGGACCAGCAGCCCCUCUGGCAGCCCAAAGAGCGGGGGCCGCAGGCCAGGCCGGCUACGCCUCCCCCAGCUGGGCACCAGGCACCGCCUCUCGAACAGCAAAGAGAGCCUGGAUGGAGCCGCUAAUCCUGAGGCAGAGCAGCCAGAGACUGAGGGCAGCACAGCAGGUCUUCCAUGUUUAGGAGAUGCCGUUGCGUCGGACGCAUCGUGCGGUACUGAAGCGUCCAGCAGCAACUGUGACAUCGUCCUGAUGAACGGACACAUCAACGGGCUGGGAUCAGACUGCAGCACGGAGAGCAGCAUGGACCCUGACAGCUCCCUGCUCCAGCACGGAGACAACAUGUGUCUGGAUGCCAUCUACAACCUCUAUGCAAUAUCUUGCCAUUCAGGAAUCAUGGGAGGAGGCCACUAUGUGACAUAUGCCAAAAACCCCAAAGAGAAAUGGUACUGUUACAAUGACAGCAGCUGUAAGGAAGUGCACUCUGAGGAGAUCGACACCGACUCGGCCUACAUCCUCUUCUACGAGCAGCAAGGGGUCGACUACUCCCAGUUCCUGCCAAAGACUGAUGGCAAAAAGAUGGCCGACACCAGUAGCAUGGAUGAAGACUUUGAGUCCGACUACAAGAAAUACUGUGUGCUCCAGUGAUCGCACCUCGUCUUCCGUCAUCCGGCACUACACCCGCUCUCUGCUCCUGCCUGCAGUCGUUCUGAUGAAUUCUCACAAACUGCUAAUGACUGGAGUCGGAUGUCCUGUGCUCUCUUUCUUUAGAGACGCGCCACAGCACUUUCUACACUUGAUCGCAUACAUAUUUCAGUGCAAAGGUUUGUCAAGAAAACAGUUGAGCCCUGGUGAAAGCACUAAAACUGUUGCACUUUGCUGAGCCCUACAAAACAAACCCCCGUCCCUUCUCCUUAACCCCCGCCAGAACAUACGUGUAACACAUACUUGCAUACUAACACAUCUCUGAAUGUAUGCCAGUAUGGCCAAGUCAUGCAGUGAUGUUGCUUUGUCAUUGUGCAUUUGUCGCUGAUGUCAGAAGGAGAAAAACAAACACCAGGGGUCCACAUGUGAUCUGAGCCUAGAUAUCUGACCAGCAGAAGGAAAUCAGUGAAGUGUAAGUGCAAAGCUAAUGAUUGGAUACAAUUUAAAUGCCAAACUGUUCGGUGGCCGAAACGUGCAAAUGCGCUACUUUGGCAUUUUCAAAAUCAAUGCAAAUAUAUAAACACAAAUGUUCCCAAACACAUGCAAAUGAAAAAACAUCUUCACCAAUUUGACAAGACAUGCGCAGCGUUUAUUUAAAGCGGGCAGAAACGAAACGCUACGAAUAAAAAAAAAAAAAAGGAUCAAAACACAACGGAAAUGGGGACACUCAAAAAGUCACAGUCACAGCUGAGACCGGAGCACCUGUUGAAGCAUUUUUUGCUUUGCAGCGUUUCGUUUCUGCCCGCUUUAAGUAAACACUGCGCUUUUGAUUGUUGGCACAUUUGUGUUUUUUUUAUUUGCUCUAUUUGUUUUGCGCCAUGUAACGCGUUUCCCCCUUUCAGCCACCAUACAAGUGAAAACAAGGCCAAGAAAAAACUACGUCAAAUUUGAUGACACAGUUCAACAGGAUGUUGAUGUGAUACUAUGACAAGCUUUUAAAAAGUUCUCCAAAGGUUUUAAUGCAAAAAUGUCACUAGGAUAAGUCACAUGCUACCUCAAUGCUUCCUCCAGUCUGUCGGCAAACUGUACCCUAAAAUGUCCGUGACAGUAUUAAUUGUAAUACACAAAAUGCAACUUUACAGUCAUGGUACACACAUUUCAGCUCCCCCCCUUCUAGGACACUCACAGGUCCUGAUGCGGACAUCAAAUAAAUUAGGCAUUUUUUGCCAAACUGUGUUCCAUUCCACAGCUGCCAAAUAUCAGUGGUGAUUUGUGCAAUGUUGAUCUGUUUGUCCCCAUAACUUCUCUGAAACUGUUGAAGUAUCACUCUGGGUUUGUUUAGGACAGGUGCCAUUCAUUCAAAAAGACACACUUAAAGAUACAGUAUAUGUUUAUUUUUUCUGCAAAUGCGUUGUUUUAUAAAAUAUUUAUUUUAUUGGUUUUUUUUCUUAAGGUAGGCUUCAGUAGCUACUUCAGGUUAGGAAUGGGUGUUUUUCUCAAAGCUACACAAGGCUGGUCUUAACAGCACUCUCGCAACAUGAGCUUUUCACCUGCUGCCAUUCUCAACUGUUGACACUCAUCUCGUAUACUAAUGUCCAUAAACCCUCCAGUAAGAAACCAGAACAUUUGGGACAUUGGGAAUCCAUUGAUUGUACUUACAAAAUGAUUUUAACAUUUUAUUUAAAGAGUAACUUAAAUACUACUCCACUGAUUUAGCAUAGCACUCCUACAACAUAGGCCAGUAUAAAAAAGGAUACAAAGGUAUGGUUCAGAACAUCUUUUUUUAUCCACAUAUUACGUUUUCUUGUCAAUACUUGGCGCCUACAUUACCCACAGUGCAACUCAACCACCAACAGUUUGGUCAAACAUUCGGGUGUUAAUGCUGGUAUCACAUAAGUAAAAUGUAUCCCUAAUACCUGGAAACAUGGUUUUGAUUGAUGGCUAAAAUUGAUCGUCAUUUAACGCCUGAAUGCCAGAAUGCUGUUUAGCGCCCUCUCUCGUAGAAUCCUUUACGCUUUUUCUUGUGAUUGAUUGCUCCUGUAACAGCGCAAACUUACAGCGUCAUAUCAAUAUCCUGAAGUACAAGUGAGAACACCAAAGGUCACCAAAAGAACCUUUUUGAAGGGUGAUUUUUAAAGGCCCCACAUGUCAAUUAUGGGUGUGCGGUUAAUGCUUCCCUGCCCCUUGUAGUACUACAACUAUUACAACUAAAUAUCCCAUAAAACCAUAGUGAUUUUAUUUGUCUAAAAUCUGGAAUUCCAACUAGGUGAAGUGGGCCAACUCUCUCAUGGGCCCCAAAGCCAAUUGGAUACAUAUCCAAUGUUAUCGUAAUGCACCUUCAAAACCUUAAUUCAUACUCAACUUUAAGGCUGUUAUGUUAUGGGCCUUGUGACGAAAUCAAGUUAUUUUGUACCAUAUGAAACCUGUAAUAUACAAUGAAAACAGGGUGGUGCCCACUGCCCAUAUUUGCCCAGGUAGACCAAUAACACCCAAAGAUUUCCUGUGAAUGAAGUUAUAUUGAACAGCAAAGUCAUUGGAAGAUUUCUAGAAAGAGGGACAUCAUUGGAUACCAAUAACAUGGGAAAUAGACACAGUUUUUAAUUGAUGAUUCAAAUCAUUUCCAUUAAAUUGCAUGGCCGACAUGUAUUUCAAAUGCAUUUGAUUUCAUUUUAAAUUUAGCUUUUUUUUUAAAAAUUCUUUUAGAAAUCAACUCGGUACAUUGUGUGCUCUUACAAUGUAGCAUGACAAAAAGUUCAGUCCCCAUAAACCAACUGCUAUCAGAUGGUUUCAGUUUAUUGAGCAUUUAUUCUUCAAAAGAAACAUGGCCUGUGGAACCUGUUGAGAGCUGGUCAGAUCUUUAAAAACUUCCCUCAUCAAUGGACCCAACAUUGAAAUUGCGUUUUCUUUUCUGCUUGAAUACUGUUUUUAAGUAGAAAUACAGUCCCUUCUUUUUAGCAGAAGCUUUGGCUUCUUAACGUGACUCUGGAUGUUGGUUUAAAAGGUUUUGCAGUAGUUUUGCAGCAGUUUUGAGUCCCGGUGGAGCUUAGUGUCUGGUGUGUAGCAGCGCCAGUGGAGCUCCUCUUGAGCUGGGCUCGGUCUAAUCACUGUGAACAGACAGCGGUCAGUACGCGGUUCCCCAGUUUGUCUUCGAGGUCACAGGAGAUGAUUCUCUGUGUUUUUAGCUGCUGUAUUUAUGAGGCGAAGGCGUCUGUAUGGAUGUAUUUUGGAGAGAUAUAUGUCACUGAAUUAAAAUUUAUUUUCCUUUGCCAAGUACGUUUGUUGAACAAAUGGAAAUGUACAGAUGAGUGCUAUUUAUGUUUGCUUGCUCAGCUCUUUUUGUCCUCCACCCACCUGCCUUUGCACCGAGCUGUAGAUGAUGUCCAGUUUGUGUCUGUGUUUUAAACGUCAUCACGUGGCUCAAAGGGAAACUUUCCUGAGGAUUAGUCUCUUGAGAACCCUGUUUUUAAUGUUUGCUUCAUUUAAAGGUGCAAUAGCUGUCAAGUGCUUUUGUGGCUGUGAACAUCCCUUCAAACUUGUGUGAUGCUAAAUUGACCAAACCUGUAGCCUAAACUGUAUUAGCCAAAAUAAACCUAAAGUUGGAGUUCAUUUCAGCAACAUUUCUGUCAUCCGGGAAGUAAACGAGUUUCUGCCCAAAGGAGCUGAACUUUGACACAGAAAUUGGGCAAACACCAUUCUUAAACACUAUGGAAAUAAUAUCAUAAGCCCCUCCCCAUCCCCAAACGCCCCGCCCAUCUGGCCCCGCCCCCCCAGAAGGCAGUGCAAUCUACUACUGAGCUGUCUGUCAGUGUCUGUAGCCGCUUUUUAUUUAAGUUCACUUUUGUUGGAUCUGAACCACACGUGUUAAUUUAAAGAACUUUUUUGUAAGGUGUUUGUUGAAAGAAAGUGACGUUGCACUGACAUGAAAACGUGUACAUAAAAAAAUGUGUUUUGUAAAUAAGCCAAUGAAAACUAUGUAUUUGAAUAUGAACUGUACAAAAUACUGUACUUGUAGUUGUAUAUGGAGUGAUACUGUUGAUCUGUAACAAAAUACCCAAGCAACAAAUUAAAUUCUGCAGAGGAAACAAUGA